AUGACUGGACAAGGCACGGUCAGCACAUACAACCUGCUCGUGGUCAUUACGGCUGCCCUGGGCUCGUUCACCUUCGGCUUCACAGUAAAUGUGACCGGGCCCGUUUUGGGAAUGCCAUCUUUCUAUGAUUACUUUGGCUUGGAUAUCAACGAGACAACAAGUGUCAUCGGUGGCAUUCCCGCGUGCUACUUUGGUGGUGGUAUUCUCGGCGCUGCAUUGGGGGCAUGGACUGCCGAACGUAUUGGGAGACGCUUCACACUACUCGUUGGAUGUAUUGCAGGGAUAACUGGCGGUGUCUUGAUUGGAUCCGCGGUCAACGUUCCCAUGUUAUUACUGGGGCGAUUGCUGUCAGGCCUUUGCUCAGGAUUCUUUCAAACCAUUGUGCCAGUCUAUCAGAGUGAGAUCAGCCCCGCAUCACGACGCGGUCAUCUGGUCGGACAGCAUGGAUUUUUCCUUGUUGUGGGAGGCACAACAGCAGUGUUUGCCGGCCUUGGUUGUUCUUUUGCCUCGAAUCCGCAACUGCAAUGGCGACUGGCUUUAGGGCUCAGUGCCCUAAUAUGGCUACCGGAGUCGCCCCGAUGGCUGAUCAGUCGGCAACGUUUUGACCAAGCAGAAAGGACACUUGUUGAGCUGCAUAAAAACCCGGCUGACCCAGAUAACUUGUUUGCGGCAUCUGAAUUUGCACAGAUCAGAGAACAGCUUCAAUUGGAAAAGGCCGAGAACCGAACAAUUAUGACUGGUUUGAAACAGCCUUCGAUGCGCAAACGGUUUGUGAUUGCGGUUCUGACCCCUGGCCUGUUGCAGUGCUCAGGGGUACUCGUUAUUAUCACUUAUCAGAUGAUUGCGAAAAGCCUCGUAAUAUGUCUAACCCUCGGCAAGGUAAUUCUCUAUGAAAAGCUAGGAAUCACCGGAUGGCGUUCAAUACUCUUGCUCGGUAUAUACGAUGCAUGGUCUGCCGUGGGCAACUUUUUCAAUGCCAAGAUGAUUGAUCGAGUCGGGCGGAAAAAUCUGCUAUUUUGGGGUUUGCUCGGCUCUGUGAUAUGCCUAUCCUUGUAUACUGCAAUGGUAGCUCAAUACGCUGGCACAGGGAACCGAGUGGGCUGCGGAUUCGGGGUCUUGUUCGUCUACCUAUACACGACCUUUUAUGGAUUCUGCCUGGACGUGACCUCCUACGUGUACUGCGCGGAAAUUUUCCCAACCUACAUGCGUACAACCGGGAUGGCUGUUUCGAUCAUAUCGUACUUUGCGCCUGCACUACUCUUCGCUGAGAUUGCUCCCACAGCAUUCAGCACCAUCGGAUGGAGGUUCUACCUCAUCUUUAUUCUUGUUCCUGCUUGCGGACUACCAGUCAUCUGGUUCUAUUUCCCAGAAACAAAGGGACUGACGCUCGAAGAAGUAGCGGGUCUCUUUGGUGACCGGGUCGCCGCCACCGGCAGUGACAAUAUGACACAAAGUGGAAGUAUAGGCCUUGAACCAGCUUCUGAGAAGAACAUUCGAAAUCCACUUGGGAGAAUGAAGAAGGAAAGGACCCUUAACGAUGACUAA